GUUUGGCCGUUCAACUAUUGAUGUUGACAGCUCCCACCUUCACUUCCUAUUUAAACCCCCCACCAUUCUCCAAUUUUCAUCUUUCUUAACUCUGAACUAACACUCUCUUGGAAUUUGGAAUUCUGAUAUGGCUGCUGAUUCAUCUCAGAAAUGGAUACUCAUGACUACGGCCCAAACCCCCACCAAUAUAGCCGUGAUCAAGUACUGGGGCAAGAGGGAUGAAGCCCUGAUUUUGGCCGUCAAUGAUAGCAUCAGCGUCACACUUGAUCCCCAGCACCUCUGCACCACUACCACUGUUGCUGUCAGUCCUAUGUUUCAAUCUGAUCGCAUGUGGCUUAAUGGCAAGGAGAUUUCCCUUUCUGGUGGUAGAUACCAAAAUUGUUUGAGGGAAAUCCGCUCCCGAGCUAGCAAAAUUGAGGAUGAGAAGAAGGGUAUUAAAAUCACAAAAAAGGACUGGGAGAAAUUGCAUGUGCACAUUGCUUCAUACAACAAUUUCCCCACUGCCGCUGGAUUGGCUUCCUCAGCAGCUGGUUUUGCCUGCCUUGUUUUUUCCCUUGCAAAGCUAAUGAAUGUACAAGAAGAUCAGGGGAAGCUUUCUGCUAUUGCAAGGCAAGGUUCAGGCAGUGCUUGUCGCAGUUUAUAUGGGGGCUUCGUCAAGUGGGUCAUGGGAAAUGAGGAGAAUGGAAGUGACAGCAUUGCAGUACAACUUCAAGAUGAGAAGCACUGGGAUGAACUUGUUAUUAUUAUUGCCGUGGUAAGUUCACGGCAGAAGGAAACAAGUAGCACCUCAGGAAUGCGUGAUAGCGUUGAGACAAGUUUGCUUCUACAACAUAGAGCAAAGGAAGUUGUUCCAAAACGCAUAAUUGAAAUGGAAGAAGCCAUAAAAAAUCGUGAUUUCCCGUCUUUUGCCCGUCUGACUUGCGCUGACAGUAAUCAGUUCCAUGCUGUCUGCCUGGAUACAAGCCCUCCCAUAUUCUACAUGAGUGAUACAUCCCAUAGGAUAAUCAGCUGUGUUGAAAAAUGGAAUCGCUCUGAAGGAACGCCUCAGGUGGCUUAUACUUUUGAUGCGGGGCCGAAUGCAGUUCUGAUUGCACGUGAUAGAAAGGUCGCUGCAAAUUUGCUUCAGAGGCUGCUUUACUACUUUCCUCCACAUUCUGAUACUGAUUUGAACAGUUAUGUUAUUGGUGACAAGUCAAUACUAGGAGAUGUUGGGGUCGAGGAGAUGAAGGAUGUGGAAGCUUUGCCACCUCCUCCUGAAACUAAGGAUCAAAUUCCAGCUCAAAAGCAGAGAGGUGCUGUUAGUUACUUCAUCUGCACAAGACCCGGGAAGGGACCAGUGUUGCUUUCUGAUGAAAGUCAAGCCCUCCUCAACCCAGAAUCUGGCCUCCCUAAGUAAGUUAGGAGGAUGUUUUUUUUCACUGAUGUGUGAGUCUUACUGGAGCCAAGUCAAAUUUGUGGAGAUGAACCUCAAAACUUCACUCUGUGAACCCUCCCUUGCGGAUUGAAGUGUGUUGUUUUUUUGUCAUGCACUGUAAUUUAGUUUCUCUCAGCCAAUUAGUGUUUUAUGUACACUUAGAUCUUCCUCAACAGGGCAAAUAAUAAUUUGUUUCCCCAGACAGUUAUUGUUCUUUUGGAACUCAAGCUAGCAUUUAAAGUCUUCUUGUCUGGUUACUAAAAA